GGCCUGCUGCGGGGGCCGCCUUCAGGGAAGGGGGAGGGUCUGGGGAGGGGUUUGCCGUCGACGCGGCUUAAAAGUACCGGGAAAAGAGUUAAGGAGCGACUCCAGCCCGCGGCUUCCUAAAGUUGGAGCUCGCUCGCUUUCUCCGGAGAAGUCGGCACGUCCCCUCUGCUCGGGAAAGGGGCUCCGCAGAGACCGGCGCAGAGAGGGGCCACCGUGGAAAACCUGGCUCCGGCCGAGCCAGUUCGCACCCCUGCGGCCAAGAAACUCCUGCCUUCCCUCCUAAGCGCCAAGUGUCCCGCUCCGUCAGGUCCUCCAGCCAGAGGACAGGGAUGGAGAGGCGUGGAGGCUCCUGCCUUUGCAGCUGUCUGGCUGUGCUGUCCCUCCUGCCCUCCCUGAGCCUGGCGCAGUACGAGAGCUGGCCCCACUACCCCGAGUACUUCCAGCAGCCCGCCCCCGAGUACCACCGGCCUCAGCCCGCCUCCGACGUGGUCAAGAUCCAGCUGCGCCUGGCCGGCCAGAAGAGGAAGCACAGCGAGGGGCGGGUGGAGGUGUACUACAACGGCCAGUGGGGCACCGUGUGCGACGACGACUUCUCCAUCCACGCCGCCCACGUUGUCUGCCGGGAGCUGGGAUACGUGGAGGCCAAGUCCUGGACCGCCAGCUCCUCCUACGGCAAAGGGGAAGGGCCCAUCUGGUUGGACAACGUCUACUGCACAGGCAAGGAGGCGACCCUUGCAGCCUGCUCGUCCAACGGCUGGGGUGUCGCCGACUGCAAGCACUCGGAAGAUGUGGGUGUGGUGUGCAGUGACAAACGGAUUCCUGGGUUCAAGUUUGACAAUUCGCUGAUCAACAACAUAGAGAACAUGAACAUCCAGGUGGAGGACAUCCGGAUCCGAGCCAUCCUCUCCGCCUACCGCAAGCGCACCCCGGUGACAGAGGGCUACGUGGAGGUGAAGGAGGGCAAGACCUGGAAACAGAUCUGUGACAAGCACUGGACGGCCAAGAAUUCCCGCGUGGUCUGCGGCAUGUUUGGCUUCCCUGGGGAGAAGACGUACAACACCAAAGUGUACAAAAUGUUCGCCGCCCGCAAGAAGCAGCGCUACUGGCCGUUCUCCAUGGACUGCACGGGCACGGAGGCCCACAUCUCCAGCUGCAAACUGGGCACUCAGGUGUCAUUAGACCCUGUCAAGAACGUCACCUGUGAGAAUGGGCUGCCGGCCGUGGUGAGCUGUGUGCCCGGCCAGGUCUUCAGCCCUGAUGGACCCUCGAGAUUCCGGAAAGCCUACAAGCCAGAGCAACCCCUGGUGCGGUUGAGAGGCGGUGCCAACGUCGGGGAGGGCCGCGUGGAGGUGCUCAAGAACGGAGAGUGGGGUACCGUCUGUGACGACAAGUGGGACCUGGUGUCUGCCAGCGUGGUCUGCAGGGAGCUGGGCUUCGGCAGCGCCAGAGAGGCCAUCACGGGCUCCCGGCUGGGGCAAGGGAUAGGACCCAUCCAUCUCAAUGAAAUUGAGUGCACCGGAAAUGAGAAAUCCAUCAUAGACUGCAAGUUCAAUGCCGAGUCUCAGGGCUGCAACCACGAGGAAGAUGCUGGUGUGAGGUGUAACAUCCCCGCCAUGGGCUUCCAGAAAAAGCUGCGCCUGAACGGGGGCCGAAACCCCUACGAGGGCCGGGUGGAGGUGCUGGUGGAGAGGAACGGGUCCCUCGUGUGGGGCAUGGUGUGCGGCGAGAACUGGGGCAUUGUGGAGGCCAUGGUGGUCUGCCGGCAGCUGGGCCUGGGGUUCGCCAGCAACGCCUUCCAGGAGACCUGGUAUUGGCAUGGGAAUAUCUACGCCAACAAGGUGGUCAUGAGCGGAGUGAAGUGCUCGGGAACGGAGCUGUCCCUGGCGCACUGCCGCCACGACGGGGAGGAUGUGACCUGCCCUGAGGGCGGGGUGCAGUACGGAGCUGGAGUCGCCUGCUCAGAAACCGCCCCUGACCUGGUCCUCAAUGCGGAGAUAGUGCAGCAGAGCACGUACCUGGAGGACCGGCCCAUGUUCAUGCUCCAGUGUGCCAUGGAGGAGAACUGCCUGUCGGCCUCGGCCGCCCAGACCAACCCCACCACUGGCUACCGGCGGCUUCUGCGCUUCUCCUCCCAGAUCCACAACAACGGCCAGUCCGACUUCCGACCCAAGAACGGCCGCCACGCCUGGAUCUGGCAUGACUGCCACAGGCACUACCACAGCAUGGAGGUGUUCACCCACUACGACCUGCUGAACCUCAAUGGUACCAAGGUGGCAGAGGGCCACAAAGCCAGCUUCUGCUUGGAGGACACGGAAUGUGAAGGAGACAUCCAGAAGAGUUACGAGUGCGCCAACUUCGGCGAGCAGGGCAUCACCAUGGGCUGCUGGGACAUGUACCGCCAUGACAUCGACUGCCAGUGGGUGGACAUCACUGAUGUGCCCCCCGGAGACUACCUGUUCCAGGUUGUCAUUAACCCCAACUACGAGGUGGCCGAGUCUGACUACACCAACAACAUCAUGAAGUGCAGGACCCGCUACGACGGCCACCGCAUCUGGAUGUACAACUGCCACAUAGGUGGUUCCUUCAGUGAAGAGACGGAAAGAAAGUUUGAGCACUUCAGUGGACUCAUAGAUAACCAGCUCUCUUCGAGGUAAAGCGGUGACGUGGUCACCUCCUGCCCUCGGGCCGCAGCGCAUCUCCCUGGACACCUGCAGCCUGGCCCGAUGGCCCUGCUCCCCGUCGCCCAGCCCGGCCCCGCCCGUCUCGACCCCCUGCAGCCACGGCCAAGCGCGGGAGGAAGGCGAGGGUGGCGAGGAUGGCGUGUUCUGACCUGCAGCCUGGACAGGCCUCUGGGGUUGGGGCUCGGCCACGGGGCUGUGGGAGCAGCGCCCACCAAGCGCCACCUCGUCCAGGACCCCAGGCGCGGAGGUGGUCGUCGGCUUGUCCCACCCGAACCACAGUCCACUCUGAGUCUGACGCCACCCACGCAGCUCACCACGAAUAACCCCAUUUCCUCCUCAAGCUACGUGCUGGCAGCGUGAGUUACCAGCCGAGGUGGUCAGGCCGAAUCCCGUUCCUCCUCCUCUUAGGUCGUUUCCAGCCAACCUGGCUAGACUUCUCUCCCAGUUAAACAAACCGCCUCUGCUCUGUUCUGUCCUAGUCACGUGUGUAAGUAAUGCUGCCACCGUCUUCCGGUUGGGUGAGCUCAGCCCUGGUGCUUCUCCUCCCCCCAGCCCCCCACAGCCCUGUGUCCUUGUUUUUCAAGAUACUAUUAUAUUAUUUUCACAGACUUUGAAGCACAAAGUAAUUUAGUGGCAUUUAAUAUUGGGCAUCUGGGCCUUUGAAAGUAUAGCUCAAAAGGAAAACCAGCCCACCUGUGUAAGUGACUCAUCCCUCUGUCCUUCCAGUUCUGUGGGCAGUUAACUCAGUGGUGCUAGAACCAGGGUCCCGGGUGAGGAGGACACUCACCGAUCACCAUGUGUCAUCGUGGACACUUACACAUACUUGAAACUUGGAAUAAAAGAUUUAUGACCUGCA